AUGUUCGCGACCAACGAGCCGUUACCCCAAGAUGAAGUUUCUAGGAUCAAGGAGAAUAUCGCUGGCCUCACAUCUAGACUCUCCCGCAACGACCAGCAGCUCGCCAUUCUCCUUCGUCAGGUAGAAGAGAUUCGUGGCGAAAACGUGCGACUCAGCAUCGAAAUCCAGAAACAGAAGAACUUGAUAUCACUUCUCCGAUCUCUCCCGCUCGAGCUUUUGGGCUACAUUUUCCUCCUGGCAAGCGAACCAACUACCACGCCAAUGCGAGACAGCAGGGACAAUGGCCCCCAUGGGACUCGGAUAAAGGCCGAGCGCGUUGGGGCGCUCCGAGUCGUGCAGGGCGAUGCGGAGAACAGGCGAGAAAUUCUUGCUUUCAGCCACGUCUGUAGGCGCUGGAGAAGGGCUGCUCUCGCGACCCCGCGACUCUGGCGCUCGUUCUCUCUCCAGGAGGGCGCUUCUUACUCCCCCCGAUCGCGGUUAAUGAACUGGGACAGAUAUGUUCCCCGAGUUCAAAACUGGCUUCAGCGAGCUGGGGCUCUGCCCAAAUCACUAUCGAUUUCAAGCACCUCUUACGUCACCGCAAUUGGCAUGUAUUGCGAUGAUGAUAACGACUCGUGCGGCGGCUCCUGCCCUGCAUGUGCAGACUCUGUCGUGGAUGGCAUCAUCAGGCAGCUACAUCCCUGGAAACACCUCUCCCUCGAGGUCGUGACGCCAGCGUGCCUAGAGGCUCUCGGCAACAGGUUGUUGUCCACCGCUCCGGAUGCGUGGAACUCGAUCCAACACUUAUCUAUCUCCAUCGCUAAAUUGGGUGUCCCUAGGCCUCAUGCCCGUUUUCCUCCUGUCCGGGACUUGAAGGAAUUGCAAAUCGCAUUCCCGACGGAUGAUGAAGAGGCCAAUUCCCCCAGCUUCCACAUGGGUUUUCCCGCUUCAACACUUCAAAACCUCACCCAUUUCGAGCUCACUGCGACUUGGAGUUUCGCCGCCGUUGCCGAAGUGUUGAGGCACUGUGUCAAUUUAGACAGCUUUGUCUUUGUGUGGAGGUGUAUGGAUCUCGAGGAUGUUAUCGAAUCCGGUAGCGAUGGCGCUGAUACAAACAAUAUCGGGGUGGUUCAGCUCCCCGCGCUCAAAACCCUCUCCCUCACACUUGAGGAGGAACGUCCCCCGAGUCUCGUUUUGCGCUCCCUCCAAACGUCGUCACUUACUCAUCUCUUCAUCAACCUCCUGGACGAUGGUCCCGAGGAAGAUAUUGGGAUCGUCGUCAAGGACUUUAUUACCUCCUCCAACUGCUCCCAAUCCCUCGUAACCUUUCAUCUCGCGUGCGAGAAUGUCACCGACGAUAAUCUGGUACAAUUACUGCGACUACUUCCCUCCCUCCGGACAUUGAGGUUAAGCUCCAUGCAGAACGUUGUUGGGAAGUUCUUGUUACCGUUUUACUGCCCCUCGGACGACCAUCUUCCACAUCUCGAGGCGCUAGAGCUUCUCCAGAUGCCUCGUGCCUUCAAACCGCGUUAUCUUCUAAACUUCGUGGCUGCAAGAGGGCCAAGAGCCACCUACCAUCCUCCGGACUCCAGCGGCAGGGUACAGGGUAUCACUCGGACCGUGCUUAAACGGGCGGUGUUGGACUUUGCAAAGGAGCCGUGCCACAGUGGGGUUGUAGAGGCGUUGAAUAGGGGAUUUGAAUUAGAAAUGGACAAGGGGUGCAUGCCCACGGCCUUUUAUUCAACGCCUGAGCCAGCAUGGGUGGCAACAUACCAUCGGACUACUACAUAG